AUGUCCGACAAGAUGGAAAUCGAUCCCAUAGCCUCCGCCUGCCAACAGAUCCUCAAUGCGCUCGCACGCCACAUGGCUGGGCUUAUUACGUACGAGUCGAAGCCCGAAGUGCCCGCAGAAGAGCUUGAGGACCGGAAGAAAGACACAAAGCCCGUGAAGGCGAAGAUCACGCAGCUGUCGAAGCUGUUCUAUGAUUGGCAAGGAUUGAACGAUGAGCAGAGGGAGGCGCUGAUUAAGACGGUGGGAAAGGCGCUGGAGGAUAUCGGGAAGGAGGUAACGGGCGUUGUCGGUGAGGUUAUGGAGGAGUAG